AUCUGUAAUUUCGAGGGAUGUGGCCGUGCCUUCACGCGCUCCCAUAAUCUCAAGUCGCACCAGAAGAUCCACAGUUCCGAGAAGCCCUUCGUCUGCAACCACUGCCAGCUGGGCUUCCUACGCAACCACGACCUCAAGCGCCAUAUCCGGCUGCACACCAACGACCGGCCGUACUCGUGCUCGACCUGCAAGAAGACCUUCAUCCGGAGCGACGCCCUCAAGCGACAC